GGCUGGACUGAAGUUUCCUUUUCCCGUCGCUCCCUGCUUGCAGGCGGCUCCCACUCACUUCCUACCGGCCCUCCCCGUACCACUGCUGGGGCGGGCUCCGCGCACGCAGGCGGGACAGGGAUCGGGACCGGGACCGGGACCAGGAGCAGUGCCGGGAUCGGGACCGCCGCCGGCGGUGCGCAGCCGGCCUCGCCAUGACGGCGGAGGCGAAGAGGAACCUGCGGUGCUACAGGCGGUUCAUCGAGAGGAGCCUGAACCCCGUGUACAUCCUCGGCAACAUGACGGACUGGCUGCCCGACGAGGUGAAGGAGAGAAUCCGAAAGGAGGAGGAGAAGGGGGUGACGGCGGCCGCCGCGCUGUUCCUGGAUGCCGUGCUGCUGCUGGAGGCGGAGGGCUGGCUGCGGGGCUUCCUGGAUGCUCUGGUUGCCGCAGGUUACACUGGACUGGCAGAAGCAAUCGAAAACUGGGACUUCAGCAAGCUGGAAAAACUGGAGCUGCCCAGGCAGCUGUUGAAGCGGAUAGAAGCAACAAUGCUAGAAAUUGAUCCGGUAGCAAUCACGCCAUACAUAAACACAUGCCUGAUAGAGAGGGAGUGUGAUGAGAUCCUGCAGAUCAGUGAAUACAGAAGCAAAGCAGCCGGGAUAACUAAACUCAUUGAAUGCCUCUGUCGCUCGGAUAAGGAAAACUGGCCCAAAAGUCUUCAGCUGGCAUUGGAUAAUGCAGGGUAUUACAAUGCAAGUGAACUGUGGAAUAUAACAGAAGAUAAUGGCGAAGGUGUUGAUGGUGAAAUAACAGAUGCCUCUGAGAAUUACUUUGAAACCAUUAUGACAUUUUCUGAAGAAGCAGAAUGUGAUAAUCUCAGUGAAAAUCUCUCUUCAGUUUCAGAAAGGGUCUAUGAGUCUUCAUCUGUUAAUGAACCAAAGAAGGCUCGGAGCUACCAGAUUGAGCUUGCACAGCCUGCCAUUGAUGGGAAAAACACAUUGAUUUGUGCCCCCACAGGAUCUGGAAAAACUUUUGUGGCACUUCUGAUUUGUGAGCAUCAUUUGCAAAACGUUCCUUCAGGACGAAAGGCAAAAGUGGUCUUCCUUGCAACCAAAGUGCCAGUGUAUGAGCAACAGAAAAAUGUAUUCAGGCAGCAUUUUGAAAGAAGUGGAUAAUCUGUUCAGAGAAUUUGUGGUGAAACAGUUGCAAAUAUCUGUGUAGAAAAUGUUAUACAGGACAGUGACAUCAUUGUGCUAACACCCCAGAUUCUUGUGAAUAGCAUAGAGAAAGGGAUCCUUAGCUCCCUCUCCAUCUUCACUCUGAUGAUAUUUGAUGUGACUACAGGCAACCACCCUUACAAUGUGUUGAUGACCAGAUACCUGGAUCAAAAAUUUGACUCCUCUGGAAACCAGCUGCCUCAGAUUGUAGGUUUAACUGCUUCUGUUGGAGUUGGUAAUGCCAAGAGCAUGAAUGAAACUGUAGAGCACAUCUGUACCCUCUGCUCCUACCUUGACAUACAGACCAUAUCCACUGUCAGAGAGAACAAACAAGAUCUGCAGAGGUUUGGAAACAAGCCAGAAACACAUAUCAGGUGGGUUAAAAUGCGAGCUCAGAAUCACUUUGCAGACAUUAUCUCAGGUCUGAUGUCUGAGACACAGGUGUUGAUGAGGAAGAUUUACUCAGUGGAUACCAUCUCCCAAAUCAACAAGAAUUACUUUGGGACACAGAGAUAUGAACACUGGAUAGUUUUCACUCAGAAGAAAUGCAGACUGCUGCAACUGGAAGAUAAGGAGAAGGAGAGCAACAUUUGUAGAGACCUUUUCAUUUGUACUGAACACUUGCGGAAAUUCAACGACGCUCUCAUUAUCAGUGAAGAUGCCCGCAUCGAAGAUGCUUUAGCCUACCUAAAUGAAUUUUUCACAAAUGUAAAAAAUGGACCAUAUACAGAGUUAGAGAAGCAACUGACAGACAAAUUUCAAGAGAAGGAACCAGAGCUGACUGCCCUUUCAAAAGAUGAGUCAAAUGAGAAUCCAAAGCUGGAAGAGCUUGCUUGCAUCCUGGACGAAGCAUACCGCUAUAAUCCACAGACUCGCACUAUUCUCUUUGCCAAGACAAGAGCUUUAGUCGCUGCUUUGAAGAAGUGGAUAGAAGCAAACCCUCUACUUAGCCACAUAAAUCCAGAUGUGUUGAUGGGUAAGGGAAGUAAAGAUCAUACAACAGGUAUGACCCUGCCAAUGCAGAAGGGUGUACUGGAUGCAUUCAGAAAUGACAAGGAUAUCAGACUGCUAAUUGCUACAUCUGUUGCUGACGAAGGCAUUGAUAUUGCUGAGUGCAACCUUGUGGUGCUCUAUGAAUACUUCGGUAAUGUCACCAAAAUGAUCCAAGUGAGAGGUCGUGGAAGGGCAAGAGACAGCAAGUGCAUCCUUGUGACAAGCAAAAGAGAAGUGGUUGAGAAUGAAAAACAAAACAGUUAUAAGGAAGAAAUGAUGAAUGCAGCUAUUGAAAAGCUACAGAACUGGGAUGAAACAACAUUUGCAAGAAAGAUACGUGACCUGCAAAUGAAGGAAAAGAAACUACGAGAUUCCAGGAAGAAUGAAACAAAAUAUAAAGUAGUGGAAGGGAAAAUAAAUCUUUUGUGUGGAAAAUGCAAAGCAUAUGCCUGCAGUACAGAUGACAUCAGAGUUAUAAAGGAAUCUCAUCACACUGUCCUAGGUGAUGCAUUCAAGGAGCGUUAUAUAACAAAGCCCCACAGCAAACUGGUUCAGUUUGAUGGUUUUGAGAAAAAAAGCAAGAUGCAUUGCCGAAAUACUGACUGCCAGCAUGAUUGGGGGAUUACAGUGAAGUACAAGACAUUUGAUAACCUACCAGUGAUCAAAAUCAAAAGCUUUGUACUAGAGAAUGUUGAAACUGGGACACAAAUGGAUUUUCAGAAAUGGAGAAGUAUUAAUUUCUUUUUGAAGAAUUUUGAUGAAGAAAAUGACCUCAACUCAACAUUUUAAUGGAUAUAUUGUUCUACUGCACUAUGCUGGAGUAGUAGAUGAUCAAUUUUUGUGUAUAAAAACUGUUGUUCUUUAUGCUAGGCCCCUCACCCACAUCUGGCUAGAUUAUAAAAGGCUGGUAAAGCCACUGAAACCAGUAUUUGCUAUGUAAUGAAAUAUUUCACCACAGGUUUCACUAGAAGGACAAAUAUGUGCCUAGGCAUCUAGAUCUGAAUCAUUAUGGCUAUGAGGAACCUGGUCUGAAAAAAAAUAAGAUCAAGUUGGAUGACUAACUAAACAUCCAACUUUAGGUGACAGGCAAGCCCUUCAAGAAUUGAGAUGCGAAUCAGCAUCUUCUUUGGUACUGCUAACUUGUUGUUGGAUUCCACAUCCUUGCAGCCAACAUGGCUUACUAGCACUUCAAGCAUUACUCUAGCUGCUUUUAAAACUUCUAAAAAUGUUACUUUUAAUGUUCUAGACAUAGAUAUAUAAAAUUAAGAGAAGAAUGUCCAGUAACUUUUUUGUAAGGAUGAUACUACAUCUCUUAAAUCUAUCUUUAAUAGGAAAUUCUUCUGCAACAGUAGAAAUGCAAUAGGGCAGAGCCCUCUUGGGGAUUCAUCCUUGUGAUUAAAAUGGUAGCACUUUUUUUUAAAUCAC